GAGAGGAGAGGUGGAUGGGGAGAGGGAAGGGGGUGAGGGAACGUGUGUGUGGGUGUGCGUUCUAGCCGUCCAAACGUGACGAAGAGAUACAGACUUCGGCAUAAACAGACGCGCCUGUUUCCACGACGACGACGGAAAACAUGGGGGCUGUGGUGGGUACGCUGACCAUGCAGACCAAGCAGAGGAGGAUUUCCAGGGAUAAAGCUGACGAUGACUUGGAGAUGACGAUGGUGUGCCAUCGACCGGAGGGCCUGGAUCAGCUAGAAGCUCUAACCAACUUCAGCAAAAGAGAGCUCCAGGUUCUCUAUAGGGGCUUCAAGAAUGAGUGUCCGAGUGGUGUUGUAAACGAGGACACCUUCAAGCAGAUAUACUCCCAGUUCUUCCCACAUGGAGACGCCAGCACCUACGCACAUUACCUGUUCAACGCGUUUGACUCAGCAAGUAGCGGCUCCAUCAAGUUCGAGGACUUUGUCACGGCUCUGUCCAUCCUGCUGAGGGGCUCCGUCACAGAGAAGCUGCAGUGGACGUUUAACCUCUAUGACAUCAACAGAGAUGGAUACAUCAACAAAGAGGAGAUGACAGACAUCGUCAGAGCAAUAUAUGACAUGAUGGGGAAGUACACUUACCCCGUCUUGAAACACGAUGCACCCAAACAGCACGUGGAGGCCUUCUUUCAGAAAAUGGACAAAAACAGGGACGGUGUGGUCACUCUGGACGAAUUCAUCUUUUCUUGUCAAGAGGAUGAAAACAUCAUGAGGUCUCUGCAACUCUUUGAAAACGUCAUCUAGACGACAAAGAAGAGGGCGACGGUGCAAUAUGUGAAAAGCCCAGAGCAAGAGAGGAGAGAAGAACAAAGAGGAAGAACGGAGUGAGAGAAGAAGAGCUGCACAUGCACAAGAAAAAGGAACAGCGUAGCUUGCAAUUGAAAUGAAACAAAGAGCUUCUUCGGGUUGUGUGUGUGUGUGUGUGUGAGUGUGUGUGUGUGAGACGGUUGCCUAAAAACUUCUCGGGAGGUGUCCUGCUGUAAGAAAUCCAUGGCGACAAAAAAACGUCUCUGGUUUUCAGAAAAUGUCCCUCAGACUUUAACCCUUCACUUGACCUUUACUACUCAUCUCGUCUCCAGCUUCCCCCUGUUGGUUGCUGUCUUUACAGUUUACCCUCACGUUGGACUGCGUGUGCCCCCAUGCCAUCGUGUAAAUACUGAGUCUUUCACAUUUCUGAAGUAUAAACCAGAACAUCCACCAGGACCGGAACUCCAGCUUAGCAGUGAGACCGAUCCAAGGCAUAAAAUAAGGUUUUUCACCAUGGAUUUCUGUAUCACCACAACAAGCGUGAGCGAUAUUGUGAAGCACGCAGGACAAGAGGCCUGCAGCAUAUUAAACACACAGUAUAUGUGCCACGAAAAAAACGUGGUGGUAACAUAGUCGUCCUCUUGAUAAGUGGCCAGGUCUGGGCGUGGCAUCUCACACAGCCACCUCAUCUGUUUCCAGACACAGGCCUGUGAGGCUUUGCUCUGCAGCUGAGUUUGACCUCAGCCGUGCUUGCGACACGUCCUACAGCCCCCCCCGCCCCCCAAAGAAGUCCUUGUUACUCCCCUGUGUGUGUUCCAGUGGUGUCAGUCAGUGUUUCAAUGUUGUAACGACUCAACUGUAGAUAUUUAACUGUUGUAUUUCUUCUUCUUCUCGCUGUCUGGAAUCAUCCGUGUCGGUCUGUGAGUUCCCGAGUCUGACUAACUGUCUUAUCUUUCUGUCAAAUCAGGUGGAACUGUAAUUAUCCUGGAAUUUUUGGCAUUCAUUGUUAAAUAAAGAGUCCACUAUAGAGAUUCACUCAUGUACAGAUUGAGAGUGACACAGGGAUGUGCAUGUGUGCGGUGUCCUCCUGUAAAGUCAAUUUUUUUUAUUCUGCCUGAAUAUUAAAAAGUCAUUGUUGUAAGCACAGUUUCAUCUCGUGGAGGCCACAGCGAGCCGAGCGCGUCUCUGCCACAGAGAAGAGUUUCAUUGUUUGAAUCUGUCUGUUGAAAAUGUCGACCCAGAGCGACCAACCUUUCACUGUGAGGGAGCGACAGACGAGGGGGAGGUAGAAGGAGGAGGACGAAGGUGAGGGAGUAGGGCCGAGGAUGAGAGUAAAGACCUUUUCACUGAUUCUGAAGGAAUGGAAGCCAUGUUUCAAACGAGAGCCAUCGAGCAGGUCAUACACACACAUUCAUGAAAAUGAUUUACUGUCAUGCCCACUCACUGUGCUACCAACAGUGGGAUAAAACAAAUCCAUGCUGAGUUUAGAUGUACCCAGACACACUGACGGACAGGAAGACAAACAGAUAGACAGGCAUGCCGACACACAGACAGCGCAUAUUGUCAGAAUGAAGUCAUGUGUGUAUUGAAAUACUGUAUAAAAUCAUUAUAUUUAUCAAUAAACUUUUCAACAAACAAAA